AAUAAAAACUUGCACUCUCUCUCUCUAGGAAAUUUCGAGGAAGGUGAGUAUGGCUCCCCCAGCUCCCCAUGCAUUUAACCCUCCCUUCUUCCUCUCCCUUUCCUCCCAAACCCCAACAACAUUUUUCAUUCUCCUUUUCUUCCCUUCUCUCUCUUGGGGUGGAUUUUCGUUUUCGCCAUGAAACUCGGCAACAUCAUCCCCGGAAAGCUUUUCAGGUCCAAGAAAUCCCGCUCCGUCUCCAGAUCCGAAACCGAUCCCUCCUCCUUUAGCUCCCAGACCACCUCAUCCUCCUCCUCCUCCGAGGAUGGUUCCAAGAAGCCCAACGGAUUGUCCACGCCAACCAGCGUCCUGCCCACCUUGUCCGCCGAUAUUUCCGCUGAGGAAUGGUCAGAAAUCUCCGCCGACGUCUAUUUCGAGCUGAAACAAGCGUUUGAGAUGAUCGACAGGGACGGCGACGGAAAGAUAAAGAAGGAGGAGCUGGAGGCUUUGCUCUGCCGGCUAGGGGCGGAGCCGCCCAACCAGGAGGAGCUGCAGCUGAUGCUCAGCGAUGUGGACAGGGACGGCGACGGGUGCAUCACGUUGGAGGAGUUCUACGCGAUCGGGUCGGCCUUCGCGCCGCCCACCUGCGACAUGGAGCUGAGGGACACCUUCGACUUCUUCGACUCGGAUCGCGACGGGAAGAUCACGGCGGAGGAGCUCUUCAACGUGUUCAAAACGAUUGGGGACUCGCAGUGCACUUUAGAGGACUGCCGGCGCAUGAUAAGUGGGGUGGACACAAACGGAGACGGAUUCGUCUGCUUCGAGGACUUCAGUCGUAUGAUGGAGCUUCAGCAGCAACGAUGAUUGAUUUUCCUUUCUUGUUCAUUUCCAAAAGAAUAGAAUAAUGAAAGGAAAAACCACCAUUUGCUGCC